AUGGAUGAAAACGAAAAGUUUCCAGAAAUCACUUUUUUGGAAAGUACAAAAUUCGGAAUUGUCGGUUGCAUAGAUGGAACACACAUUAAAAUAAUAAAGCCACCUGAUGAUGAGCAUUUGUAUUUUAACCGAAAUGGAUAUUUUAGUAUAAAUGCGAUGAUAAUUUGUGACAACGAUAUGCAAAUACGGGCCGUAGAUGCACGGUAUCCCGGUUCAAGUCACGAUGCUUUCAUCUGGGAUAUGAGUCACGCUAAGCAA